AUGAAGUUUACAACCAUCAUCACCCUCCUCUUCCUCGGCAUCGCCACUGCCCUUCCUACCGCAACCCUAGACGACGCCGGCACCUCUUUGGAUAGCAAUGACAAAACCGCGCCCAUUGCUAAUCACGACCGCCCCGCCAUCACCCUAGACGGAACCGAUAUCCAGAGCAUCAGCGAAGCGAGUGUGGACACCGCCAUUACCCUAGACGACGCGGACACCUCCCUGGACAGCAGUGAUGCAACCGUUGCACCCGCCAACACCCUCGACGAUGAUACCACCACUACCCCCCCAAACAACGACACAGCCGUUGCAACCGUCAACACCCCCGAUGACACCACCCCCCCUUUAAACAGCAGCGACGCAGCAGUAGGCACCCAUCAUGACAUUGCAAAGAGCUGCGACGUGUAA